GACUAAAUAAUGAGUCAUUGGGAAAUGAUUCGAUAGAGUCAUUUGAGAUUUUAGUAUGGACAAAAUGACUCAUGCAUUUUUUUCUUUAGCAAAUGGUUCAUUUAACAUCAAAUGACUCAAACGAAAAGACAUUAGAGAAAAAUCCAUAAAACCCAAAGGCUAUCCACUAUUACGAACCGGAUUAAAAAUAACUCUCACCCCCAAUUAAUUAAAAGAUUGAAAUCAAGCUAAAUAGUACUAUAAAUCCCUCCAUACCCUAAUCCUAAUGAUUGGGCAAGGAAUUGCUAUAAGUUGUAGUGGAAUUGGGCAAGGACCCUAAUCCUUAGAAUUCAAAAUUUAGAAUUGAAAAUGAAUUAUUUUCAAUACCAAACACAAAAUAUUUCAUUUCAAAAUGAAUUCCUCCAAACUUAUGGAAUUCAUUUAUACCAAACGGUAUGUUAAAGAAGUAGAAGGGCUGAAAUAAAAUAUAGGACACAGAGAGUGGAGCUCACCUUCAUGGUAAAAAUAGAAAAGCCUCCGUCCACUCACUGAUCACUCAAUAGCCAUGUGUUGACAAAACAUUAGCAGGUGAGCAAAGUUAGAUGAAAGUAGUGUAGGUUAGAGGAACUCUUAUGCAACAGUAAAGUACUUAUAUCUUUAAUUAUAUUUAGGAUGUACGUGUAAUUUUGUAACAUAUUCCCAAUUCAAAUUUUUUAAAAGUAAUUUUUUUAAUCCUACUAGUUCAGAUUUCUGACUCCGCCGCUGAUAGCAGCAUCAAGUAAAAUCUCAUAUCGGGUUCACUGACGGCGCCGCUGACAAGUAUCGUGGGUAAUAAAUUUGGGAAAUUGGAGGAGGUGGACGUACAAGACAAUGACGAUUGAUGAGUGAAGAGGCUCUUCAGCUAUGUUCGAGCACGACCAUUCACUGAAGAAGUCUCACUUUUCAGUGGUUUUGAACCGCAAUGGUGCGGUUUCUGUUCUAAUUAAACCGUAAUUCAUGAACUGCUUUGAACAGAGGUCUCAUGCUUCGCGAUGCGGUUUGACCCGAUCGCAAUUGUAGUUUGGCGUGAAUUGGUGCGGUUCAACUGCACCGAUGCCACCUCUAAUUCUGAGCCUUCUCUCCCCCUUAGGAGUGGAAACCAAAUCUCAAGAGACUUUGAUACAUCUAUUGACACGUGGAAAAAAUAGUGUUUAACAUAUUUUUUAGCCACAUUUCUAUUGUUGGAUGCAUGCUUAGUCAGUCACGUCCUAUUUGUUCCUUUGAGCUAUUUAUAGCCUCUAUGUGUAUCCAUAUAUGAUUUCCAUGUCCAUCGACAUUAGAGGAAGGAUGGAUGGUUGAAUCAAGGUCAGUAGAAACAGUGAAGCAAAGAGAAACUAGACAACAAAUCCACAUUGGUGCUUCAUGCAGGCCCAAGUGGGUUUUGUGGCAGGUCAAGCCCGCCAUGAACUCCAGACCAGCCGAGAAGCCAUAUUUCAGAUCUCACCCAAAUCAUGGGAACCCAACUUGAUCAUGAUGCUCAGAGGCAAGGAAUUGACGAAGACUCCAUCUUCAAGGUAAAGAAUGUCAUAAACCAUGUCAAGUCAGGCCGCUCAAUUAGUACGAUAUUGUUCGCUUUGGCCAAGCCCGCACGGUUUUACUCUUGGGUAUCCUCCCCAAAAGGCCUCGUACUAAUUGGGCUAGGUGGACACUAAUAUACAAGGAUUCAUUCCCUUGUAUUACCGAUGUGGUACUUGGAUUGUCCCAUAAUAAACCAGUUGGUCCCAAUAACUCGAGUUGUUGGGAGAAGGUUAUGCUGGAUCUUAUAUCACACUCUAAUACGCCUCCUCAAACGAAAGCCAAUCAAUGGGAUUGAAGUUUGCACAGGCCCACCAUACCUUGUGCUUUAAUAAACAGUUAAUAUUGAGGAUCGAGGAGAUUCGAACACACGGCCACUUGGUCAAACCAGCUCUGAUAUCAUGUCAUAAACCAGUUGGUCCCAAUAACUCGAGUUGUUGGGAGAGGUUCAAUCGUGGAUCAUGGGUAAUUAGUAUAAAUGGUCACAAACCUUUGCACUUAGUACAAAACAAUCACAAACCUUUAAUUUGUAACUAUUUGAUAACAAAACUUUUUACUUAGAACAAAACAGUCACAAAUUAAACAGUGUGACCAUUUCAUACCAGUUCGAACUUUUGUUACCGUGUCGUUGCAAAUUAGACUUUUGGUGACCGUUUUGUACAAAUUAAGUUCAAAAGUUUGAACGAUCAAUCACCAUUACAAUUCGCUCUAGUUGUAUGGUGGUUUUGUUAAUGUAUGUGAAUGAUAUGAUCGUCAUAAAGGAUGACAAUGAAAGAACUCAAUGGCUCACAAACGGGUUCCAGACUGCAUUUUAGUUGAAAAAACUCUGUCUACUUUCUUACUUUCUUGGUAUCGAAAUUGAAAGGUCAACUGAGGGCAUUCUUAUUCGGCAAAGCAAAUAUGUCGAUGAACACAUGACCUGACAUCUUAUAUUUCGUUCAAGUGGUUAGUGUCAUAUACUUAACGAACAAACUACCUACCUCAAAACAUGACAAACAUUUAAUUUGUAACGAUUCAGUAACAAACCUUUGCACUUAAAACAAAACGGUCACAAAUUAAAUAGCGGUGACCAUUUUAUAUAAUUUCAAAGUUUUGUUACCGUAUUGUUACAAAUUAAAGGUUUGUGACCGUUUUGUACUAAGUGCAAAGGUUUGUUACCAUUUAUGCUAAUUACCCCGUGGAUCAUAUACCACAACACUAACAAAGAACGCACCGUCAAGAAAAGAAGAAAAAAAGAAGGUCAAGAAAGCGAUUUGUCAUAAACUUAUUCUUCUUUAGCUUAGUUACUUCCAGGUAACCGAAUGAAGAUCAACAUGCUUUGAUACCAGUCGUUACGUGAUUAACAUGCAACGAGAUUAACUAUUCUACUUUCUACUAUCACUAAGAGAAAACUAGUUGUCUUCCAUAAUAUUACGCAGGAAUCAAACUGAAUAACACAAUGUAUUGCAAACUGACACUUUAUUAAUAAUGAUAGUGUAGAUCUUAAAUACUUAGCAUCUGAGCCACAACGUUCGGCCUCCAAGCUCCCAACUACUAACAGCAAGCCCUACUAAUAAGCUUGCAUUACCUACACAACCAUUGGAAUCUCUCAACAAACUAAACAACCUAUUUUGACUCAAUUGACUAAACUUAAAACAACAGGGACCAAACAAACACUUAGCCAAAAACACGACUUAAUUGGCCUUUAAUAGACAGACUCUCCACUUGAAACGACGCCGCAUCAGCUAAAACGAUUACUGUCUUCAAGCAAUCAUAAUCCGCAGAGGAAAAGGACUCCAGCUUCAGUUCAAAACCUUCAACACAAACAAUAUAUUUAUACAAAUCGACUUCACUAAUCCUGCUUUAUAAACUCUUUCGUAAUUUUACUAAGUAGCAUUAAUAGCUAAAUGCCUAAAUCUACCGACUAAGCUAAUAAACAUAUAGAUAGUUCUACCGCACCUUAGAUAAAAUGAAAGGUAUGACAUACUAUGAGUACGAAAAUGAUAUUUAGAUCUUGAAUUGACUGGAGUUUGACACAUGUUACUAUAUACUAAUCCUUAAAGAUUAAAAUCCACUUCUUAAUUCUAUAAAUAUCAUACACUAAG